UUCUUAACAUCAAACAAAAAAUUUCCUGUGAAUCAAUUCGUUGUUCAUCUCCCCGAAUCUAUCGAGAAAAUGUCUGGGCGUGGAAAGGGCGGCAAAGGCUUAGGAAAGGGAGGAGCAAAGCGUCACAGGAAGGUUUUAAGAGAUAACAUUCAGGGCAUUACCAAGCCUGCCAUUCGCCGUUUAGCCCGUAGAGGCGGUGUCAAGCGUAUCAGUGGAUUGAUCUAUGAGGAAACCAGAGGUGUUUUGAAGAUUUUCCUCGAGAAUGUGAUUCGCGAUGCUGUGACCUAUACCGAGCACGCUAGGAGGAAGACGGUGACUGCUAUGGAUGUGGUUUAUGCCUUGAAAAGGCAGGGAAGGACUUUGUAUGGUUUCGGAGGUUAGGUCACGGUUUGGUCUAAAAAAUGGCUGUAUAGUUUUGUCUCUGUUCUGCUAGUUAUCUUUGUUUUUGCAAGUUGUCUUCCAUUGUUUAGCAGAAUUGAUACUGGUUCAUUGUCAAAUUAUGCCUUUAAGUUGUUAUUCGUUUGUCCGGCUGUUUUUCUAUCUCCUUCUCUUUCGCUCCAACUCGAAAAUUGAUUCUGUAAUCCGAUCUUUAAACUCCACUUGCGAUCAUUUCAGCUUUCUUAUAUAGAUGACGGAAUUUGAAUUU